GCCCACUGAUAAGCCUAUUUAUGUUAAUCUUUCUCUACUUCAUACUCACUCCUUGUUGAGUCUCAUCUUUCUCUAUUAUGAAAAAAAAAAAAUCAAAAAAGAAAAAAAUCAAAUACACACUUACACAUGAGGAGAGUGUUGUGAAGAACGCUACACUUAUUUCUCAUUGAUUAUAUAAUAGUUCUUAAUAAAGUGGUUAUGAUGUUCCUAAGCUACUAUUCAGUACUCUUUACCUUAAAGUUUUGGCUUCAGUAGUUAAUUAAAUUCUUUCCGAAAUUGUUCCUAAUAUCAAAGAACCAAUAAAAGGGCUCCUACAUUAAUUAUCCCAAGUUGCUUAAUAUUUUUCAGUUUUGUUAUGUACCAAUUCAUGCACCGUUUUAUUCAACUAGCAAACCUGAUUCUCAUUAGAUAUGUAAAGCAUAUACUUUUGUACAUAAAUCAUGAAAAAAGGCAUAUAACCGUGAAAAUAAAGUUGAGGAGAGAUAAGGAUACCACCUGAUAUAUAGAUCAUUAGAAUCUUUCUCAUGCUACAAAGACAAUAAAUUAAAGCCUGUUUCAAGAAGCCACCUCUUAUUAGCCUCAAACUUAGCAAAAAUAUAUGGCACAAACUUUUUUUCUCUCUCCCUUUCUUACCUAGAAAGUGAAUGUAUGUGUAGAGUUUAUCAUCACAAAGUGAAACGUAAGAUACAAUCCUUAAAACUAUAUAUCAAUCAUAUAAGUGGCUUUAAAAGGUUCACAACUCAGCCACACAACCUAGGAUUUAAUUCUUUUUGGCAGCCCUCUCUCAUCAUCUUGCAUUGCUUCUAAGGUUUUAAUGUGAUACACACAUUUUGGAGUGAUCGAUCACUCUUACUAGUAUAUAUUUCAAUGCAUGGAAGCAACUUCUAAACAUUAUAUAUCCAUCUAGGAUUUUAAUUUCUUGAAGAGUUUCAAGAUAUGGGUGCAGGAGAUCACAAAACUUAUUGUAAAACCAUCAAAGACGAGAAGAACAUGAUAAGAGAGGCACGAAGAAGCCUCAAUGUCAAUGAAGAGUACCUUGGCGCAUUAAGAACAAAAUCCUAUGGUGAUUUCUUCAUAAAAGCUAAUGACCUACUUGAACAUAAUAUUCAUAAUCAGCCAUCAUCUCCCAAUUCUCAAUAUACAUUAUUUUCAGAUAUACUUCUUGAGCCAGGCCAAGAAACCAUAACAUCAAUUCUUGAAUCAACUAAUAUAUUUCCAAGAAAAUAUAAUCUCAAAUCCCUUCUUUCCAAUUACUUCAAUAUUAGUGCAAAAGCCUCAAAAUUCUGUAGCCACCUUCUCAAGUCCAUCAAACAAGUCCAAUCUGACUACAAUUUUGUUGAACAAGUCCUUGAAUCGAUCGAUAACAAUUGUUCUUCUCAACAAUUUGGUUACCUUGUAUUAGAACUAAGAGCAUAUAUUAUCCACAACAAUCCGUUUUCCGACCUCAAGAAACAAGAUUUCACACGAAUCAACGAUGAAUAUUCGUCAAUUUUGCAACAUUUGAGUUCAAAGAGGAAAAAAGUGGCUAGGAAAAUAAAACUGAUCAAAAGUGUAAAUAAGGCUUCAGGGGUAUGUGUAACAGCAGCAUGUGGACUAGUUGCUGUUGCAGCCGUGGUACUAGCAGCACAUACACUAGCUGCACUAGUUAUGGGGCCAGCAAUAUUGACCAUUAUACCCUUAAAGCCAUCGAAGAUGAAUAAAUUUACUAGUCGUCUUCGAUUCUUGAAAUGUGGAUUCCUCAGCAAAAUUGGAGCACAACUUGAUGUAGCAGCAAAGGGUACGUAUAUUUUGAACAGGGAUUUCGAUACAAUGAGUAGACUCGUGAAUCGAUUGCAUGAUGAGAUCGAACAUAACAAGGCGAUGAUACAAUUGUGUUUGGAUAGAAGGGAAGAUAGCAUUUCAUUGCAAGUGUUGAAGGAGUUGAAGAAGAGUAAAGUUGGAUUUAGGAAACAAGUAGAGGAGCUUGAAGAACAUGUUUAUUUGUGUCUUUUAACAAUUAAUCGAGCAAGAGCUUUGGUGAUUGAGGAAAUUGGAAAAUCUUGUGGGUGAAAAAUCUAUAGUGAUACCCAAGAUUAGACUUGUAUAUAUAUAAUUGUAUAAAUAUAUUUCUUUGAUUUGUAAUUGUAAGUCUCCAUGUACUUAAUUUGUUGAAUUAAAAUUGAGAUCACUGUUUAAUGACUAAAAGAAUUUCUUUUAGAGGAAUAUCCGUGAGAGAUCGAUGGAGAGCAUCAAGCUGUCAUGUUAAGUGAGCAAUUAA